AAAGUCUGAUGAUCAUUUUUGUAAUGGGAAAAUUACAGUGAUAGUCCUAUAUGUAUGUUUGUCAUUUUUUGACAUUGAAUUCUAAAAGUUUAACUUUGAAAAAUCAAGUCUUAAAAAGUUUGUAAAUGAGGCAACGUUGGUUCUCUCUGUUACGAACCUUGACGGAGUGACUGACUCGAAAUAAACGUCGUGAGAUCCGUGACAUCUAACCUAUUUUCGCUUACGUGCCUCCCUAUCAACCCAACCCGAUAUCAGCAUACCCAUUUAUUUAAUACCCGACCCGACAUGUUCAUGUUGUUCUUCUUGUUCCUUCCCUUCCCUUCCCUCCCCUCAUCUCUAUUGGCUACCUGCAGAUCUUCCAUCUCCGAUUUCCUUCCCAAUUGAAGGAUUAUGAUUAUGUUCUUGCUUCAAUUGAAUCAGUGUUUUGAGUAAUUCAUUUGAAUUUACUGCUCUGCAAUGAUCAAGAAUGUCUGGGCGUGGAAAGGGAGGCAAGGGGCUCGGAAAGGGAGGAGCCAAGCGUCACCGUAAGGUCCUUCGGGACAACAUCCAGGGUAUCACCAAGCCAGCCAUCCACAGGCUGGCCCGUAGGGGCGGCGUGAAGUGUAUAAGUGGUCUCAUCUACGAGGAGACUCGUGGGGUGCUGAAGAUCUUCCUCGAGAACGUCAUCAGAGAUGUCGUGACCUACACUGAGCACGCCUGCCGCAAGACCGUGACCGCCAUGGAUGUUGUCUACGCGCUCAAGAGGUAGGGCAGGACCCUCUACGACUUUGGUGGUUAGGGUUAAAAAGCACAAGUCUUGCUAUUAAGAAAGGAAAAAAAAAAAAGGGAGGUUUUUGGCUAUUCUACUAUGGGAUUGUCUUUUUCAGUGUAAAAAGUAGUUGUUUUUAUGGCUAUGGUAGGCGUUGUGUUUGUUCAUGGUGGAAUGAACGAUCUGCUGAUGAGGAUGAAGAACUUUAUUCAAAAGAUGGGGCAAAUUGACUGACAUGAGUAGCCUAACUCUAUGUUCCUGUUCUAGUUACAACUCUUGAAGCUACAUACAGAAU